AUGGCGGAAGUGAAACGUCGGGGAUCGAAUCUCCCACCCGGGAACUACUUGUGCGGCAUGGCCAAUUGGCAUCCGGCCUGGUUGCAGAAGUACGCCACCACCAAGAUGUUCAUGGGCGUCUACGGGCUGCUGGGCACCAUUCAGGCCAUGUCCUACAUGUACUUCAUCGUCACCCUAACCACACUGGAAAAACGGUUCAAAAUUCCCAGCCAAACGACAGGCAUUAUUCUCAGCGGCAAUGAAAUCUCGCAGAUCAUGCUGUCCCUAAUCCUGUCCUAUAUCGGUGGUCAGCGCAACCGACCGCGCUGGAUAGCCUGGGGCAUUGUCUUCUGCGGCCUGUCGUGCUACAUCCUCGUUCUGCCGCACUUUAUCUACGGAGCAGGUCACGAGGUGCUGCAGUUCACCAAGGAGUACCAAGAGGGCCUCCUGAAUGGGACUUCUAACGACGGCCAGCCCCUGCUGAACAUCAGCACUGUGCAGACCGAGCGACUCUGUGGAUCGGGCAAAGCAGAGGACAACUGCGAUGAUCUCUUCUCCUACGUGCCACUGGUGCUCAUCUUUCUCUCACAAUUCGUACUGGGCGUGGGCAACACCAUGUACUACUCCCUCGGACAGACCUAUUUGGACGACAACACCAAGAAGACGAACACCCCCCUGAUGUUGGCGGUGGCCAUGGCCUUGAGGAUGAUUGGCCCAAUUGUGGGAUUCUUUUUCGGCUAUUUAUCGCUAAACACCUUCAUCGAUCCGAGCAAGACUCCGUUGAUCGACAAUAAGGACCCCCGCUGGUUGGGUGCCUGGUGGCUGGGCUGGGUGAUCCUGGGCACCCUGAUGUGCCUGUUCUCGGGCCUCAUCGGACUCUUCCCCAAGCAGCUGCCCAAGGUGAACGGCGCACCAAGGGCCAACUCGCACCUGCCGUUGGCCCUGCGCCAGACGAAGGAGGAGCUCAAGCGGGAGGAGAACCUGUCGCUGAGCAGCCGCUGCUCCUCGAACGCCGCCCUCGACAAUAUCGGAGCUGCUGCAGGGGCCAAUGCGGACCUGCCCAAGCUGAAGGACUUUCCACGCGCCCUCAUGCGACUGCUGAGGAACAAGCUCCUGCUCUUCAACAUCAUCUCGGCGGUCUUCUACAUCCUGGGUGCCUCUGGAUUCAUGACCUUCCUCACCAAAUACAUGGAGGUGCAGUUCCACAAGGACCCCCAGAGUGCCACCAUUGUCGUUGGCCCCAUCUCGAUUCUGGGCAUGGUCGUGGGUCUGAUUGGCUCCGGUGUGGUCCUGUCCAAGAAGAAGCCCCACGUCAGCAAGGUGCUCAUGUGGAACGUGAUCGUUGGUGGCGUUUCUAUUUUGGGGCAGAUCUCCUAUGCCUUUCUUUACUGCCCGGACACCUUCUCCAUGACUCAUGUGGGACAGCUAAACCUGACGAGUUCCUGCAACUCGAACUGCUCCUGCGAAGGGAUAAGCUACACGCCCGUUUGCCACGAGCCCAGCGACACCACCUUCUUCUCGGCCUGCCAUGCGGGAUGCCGAGGAUACAAUGCCACCUCCAAGUUGUACGAGGACUGCGGCUGCCUGGCCAAUGGAACUCAGUCACCCAGUGCGGGGCAACGGCUGAUGGAUCUGUUGCAACCCACUUCAGAGCCGGAACUGGACAGCACCACGGACUUUGCCGAGUAUCUGGGCGGAGUGCCCCUGCUCGAUGACAAUGGUGAUUUUGAAGAGAGGGUGCUCCUGUCCAGGAGCAGGAGAAUCACUCCCAAUUCGGUGCUCCGGCCGGGAAUCUGUACGAAGAACUGCAACUGGAGCUUCUGGGCCUUUUCCAUCACCUCGAUGAUCGUCAGUUGGUUCGGUUCGUCCGGUAGGGUGGGCAACGUCCUGGUCAACUAUAGAGCGGUGGCCCACGAAGACAAGUCUUUCGCACAGGGUCUGGCCCUGAUGAUGAUCAGUUUGCUUGCCCUGAUCCCGGGUCCCAUUAUGUUCGGCCGCCUCAUCGACUCCACGUGUCUCGUGUGGACAAAAACCUGCAAUGGCAAUGGCAACUGCCAGUUAUACGACCAGACCCGCUUCCGUUACUCCCUCAACUUUUUGUCCUGCAUGCUCACCUUCAUGGGACUGUUCUUUGAUUACCUUGUUUGGUACUACGGACGGACACUCGACAUUUACGGCGAUAAGGAGGCUAAGGAGGAGGAGCGUGCCAACAGAAGGGACCAGCCCAUUACUCCGCUCCUGGCCAAGAAAUCCGACCGGGACUAAUACUGAAGAGGCAAACCAACCGUGAUACUCAGUUAUAAGGAGUAGAUUCAUAAAAUGCACACCAGUUUCGAGUAUUCAAUAAAACCAAGCACAUUCCUAGAGUAAGUUUCGGUAAAAAAAAGAAACGGGUGAAGCCAAUAGACCACAGCCACAUGUACAAACCUCCCGUUUUACGAUAGGAUAUUCGCUAAUACAUUUUAACUAUCCAAUUUUGUGUUUCAGUGUAAAAUUUUCGUAUUACUUCUAUUACGCGGUAAGAUAUAUAUAUAUAAUAUAUUGCACGACGCUUAGAUUAAAAUCAUUGAAAGAAU